AUGGUGAAGCUGAAUAAAAUGGAGGCUCACCUCUUGUGCCUCCCAGGUCUACGGGAUGACGUAAAAGAUAUUAAAUUGGAGCUGUCUGAGGUCAAAAAUUCAUGUGAAACAAAUAGGUCUAAUCUGACUGAAUGCAAUUCGCGAUUAGACGAAGUUGAGAAGAAAAUACCGGAUCUCGAAGCAAAUAAUGUCAAAAUUAACUCACUUAAUCAGCAGAUAGAUCAACUCAAGAGGGAGAUCACAAAUCGUGACCAAUGGCACCGUCUAAACAAUAUAGAAGUUAAAGGUGUCCCACUCAAGAAUAAUGAGAACCUCUUCACCAUCUUGGAGCGCAUUGGCGAGAUAGUUGGGUUCCCGAUACAAACCACCUGUAUUAAUUACAUAUCCCGGAUUCCCGUUCACAAUUCUAAAGAAAAAUCCAUUAUCGUCAGUUUCGUUAAUCGUUAUGUUAAAGAGAACUUCAUUGCAUCGGCGAGACUGAGGAAAACUAUAUCAACGGAAGAACUCGGAUUCAGGGAUUGUCACAGUAAGAUCUUUGUAAAUGAUCAUCUAACACCGGAGUACAAAAUGCUGCUAACGAAAACGAAAACCGAAUUAAAAUCUAUGAACUACAAAUAUGUGUGGGUGAAAUUUGCGAAGAUCCACGUGCGCAGGGAUGACAACUCGAAACCCAAGCGAAGAGCAACAGCCACCCGCAACGAAUCGUUGUCGAGGAGGGUGCCUAAAUGCGGGGAGGGAAGCGCCUGCAACCACGCUCCCGACUCCGGUCUCGACCCUGCAAGGAGUCUUGCUCGAUCCACCCCCGAAGACCGCUCCAACAGGCCAUCAAACACUCGCUUCACCCCAACGUCGUCCCACAACCGUUAA